AUGUUAGAUACUACCACUCCGAGUAUCAUGGAUCCCAGUACACCAGGUAUGACCAAACAAACCAUGCUGGACUGGUUACGAAUCACUUUUCCCAAGUCUCCAGUCUCGUCACAACUCAACAAGGCUGACGUGGCAGUAAUUGUGCGGAAGAAACAACCUCAAUUGUUCCCGGAUCCAAAUAGCAACAAGCCAGCAUUGGCUGCACCGGUUUUAGAUAUUGUGGAACCACCUCAAGAUUCUGUACCUGUUCUGUCAAUCCAGUCACAGUCGGUCGCUGUGCAAGUAAAAGCACAUGUUAAGCGAUCUGCUUCCCCCUGUCCAAACCCGAAACCCGUGAAGCGCACUAACCUGGGUGACGAGGAACUACUCAAUCAGAUUCAAAUUCCCAGUUCAUCCAAACGCAAAGAAAAAAAGAAUUCAUAUUUCGAUCUAGGUAGACCUUUGGUUCUGAGCCCAGAGACCUCAAACGCAGGAAAGUAUAAUCCAGGUAUCGAUCUCAUGGAGAGAGAUAGCAAGCAAGAUUUGAAAGCACUAAAGAACUAUGAAGUCGCACCUGGAAGGGCAGCAACUAAUCUGAAGGUCAAAGUGUUCAGCUCGUCAAACACUGAUCAAUUUAAGACCAUUCUCCCAGUUGCUGCAGAAUUGCCCGAUCUCAUCAGUUUCUCAGAUAUGGAUUUGCUGGCCGUAGAUGAUCUAGAAAUUGGUGAAAAAGUAACAUCACACUCAUCAUCAACCUCAAUUUACAAGUCGGGGGUAGAUAUCUUCAAAGAGGAAAGGCUUUGCGUAGCAAAAGUGGGUGUACUGGAAGAAUCGGUUUCUAGCAUAUUGAAUAGGAUUGGGCUUAUUGAGAAAGCAUCAGGUAAUAACAACAUUAAGCAUGAACAAGAUAAGUAUGAACUGGGUACGUAG